CCCGGCCGGUCCCGCCGGCGGCCCGGCCUCGGGGCGCCGCCCCCGCUGCUGCCCUCCAUGCUCAUGUUCGGCGUCAUCGUGGCGUCCAGCGGGCUGCUGCUGAUGAUCGAGCGGGGCAUCGUGGCCGAGGUCCGGCCUCCGGCCCCUCACCCCCGGCCGGCCGGGCCCCCUUCGGCCGGCCCGGCCGACCCGGCCCACGGGGUUUGGCAGGACGUCCGCAACCGGACCCUGCGGGCCCUGUGCGGCCAGCCGGGCAUGCCCCGCAGCCCCUGGGACCUGGCGGCCGGGCCCCGCCGCACCGUGCUCCGACACCUCCUGGUCGACGACCGGCACCGCUUCCUCUACUGCUACGUGCCCAAGGUGGCCUGCUCCAACUGGAAGCGGGUGCUGAAGGUCCUGGCCGGGGCGCUGGACAGCGUGGACGCCCGGCUGAAGAUGGACCACCGGCGGGACCUGGUCUUCUUGGCCGACCUGCCCCCGCGGGAGAUCCGCUACCGCCUGCGCCACUACUUCAAGUUCCUCUUCGUGCGGGACCCGCUGGACCGGCUGCUGUCGGCCUACCGCAACAAGUUCGGCGAGGUCCGCGAGUACCAGCGCCGCUACGGGGCCGAGAUCGUCCGGCGCUACCGGCCGGGGGCCCGGCCCGACCCCCCGGGCGACGACGUCACCUUCGCCGAGUUCCUCCGCUACCUGGUGGACGAGGAGCCCGAGCGCAUGAACGAGCACUGGAUGCCCGUCUACCAGCUGUGCCAGCCCUGCGCCGUGCGCUACGACUUCGUGGGCUCCUACGAGCGGCUGGAGGCCGACGCCAACGCCGUGCUGGAGCGGGUCGGGGCGCCCCGCGCCGUCCGCUUCCCCGCCCGCCAGCCCUGGUACCGGCCCGCCGGGCCCGACGGCCUCCGCUACCAUCUCUGCGCCGCCCCGCCCGCCCUCCUCCGGGACCUGCUCCCCAAGUACAUCCUCGACUUCUCCCUCUUCGCCUACCCGCUGCCCAACCUCACCCGGGAGGCCUGUCGACAGUGACCCCCGGACCGCCACCGGCAAGCCGGCGUCCCCUCCCCGAGGGAGGGGCCCGGACCCUCCCCUCGGCGGCGGGGGGGGGGGGGGGCCGGA